AUGGUUAAACUAGGCAAAAAUUCGAAGCGGACGCCCGUCCGGCUACGACACAAGAUCGAGAAGGCCUCCGCGGCGAAGCAGCGCAAGCAGAGAAAGCUUGCGAAGAAGAAUCCGGAAUGGCGCUCGAAGAUCAAGAAGGACCCCGGUAUCCCCAACCUCUUCCCGCACAAGGAGAAGAUGCUCCAUGAACUCGAGGAGCGGAGACGCAUGAAGGCGGAGGAACAGGAGCGCAUUCGUGAGCAGGCUCGUGAGAGGCGCAUUGCUGCGAAGCAGAACGGUGAUGCUGGUGCGGAGGCGGCCAACUCUACUGCGGUCGACCUCGAGGGCGACGACCUGCUGGAUGACGAGAUGGACGAGGAUAUGGGUGACGAUGCCAACCCGAUGGCUGCUCUGCUUGCCUCGGCUAGGGCUCGGGCUGCGGAAUACCAGGGUGGUGAGAGCGACGAGGAUGACGAUGAGAUGGACGAGGAUGAUGAGAUGGAUGUGAGCGAGGAUGACGAUGUUGCGGACGAGGAUGGAGUCCCUACGCUUGUUACAGCUGGCAAGGAGACCUCAAGACGCGCAUUCGACAAGGUUUUCAAGAAGGUUGUCGAUGCGGCGGACGUUAUCCUGUACGUGCUGGACGCGCGUGAUCCCGAAGGCACACGGUCCAAGGAAGUCGAGCGGGAGAUCAUGGCCGCAGACGGCGGCCAGAAGCGCCUCAUCCUCAUCCUCAACAAGAUUGACCUCGUCCCCCCGACCGUGCUCAAAAACUGGCUCAUCCACCUGCGCCGCUACUUCCCCACCCUCCCCCUCAAGGCGUCCAACGGCGCCGGCAACGCCCACAGCUUCGACCACAAGCAGCUCUCCGUCAAGGGCACAUCGGAAACCCUCUUCCGCGCCCUCAAGACCUACGCCCAGAACAAGGGCCUCAAGCGCGCCAUCUCCGUCGGCGUCAUCGGCUACCCCAACGUCGGCAAGUCCUCCGUCAUCAACGCCCUCACAGCCCGCAUGAACAAGGGCUCCAGCAACGCCUGCCCGACCGGCGCCGAAGCCGGCGUCACCACCAACCUCCGCGAGGUCAAGCUCGACAGCAAGCUGAAGCUCAUCGACUCCCCCGGAAUCGUGUUCCCCAACACCACCGAGAAAAAGGGCAAGAAGAAGCAAGACGACCAGGCCCGUCUCAUCCUCCUCAACGCCAUCCCCCCCAAACAAAUCGAAGACCCCGUCCCCGCCGUCUCCCUCCUCCUCAAGCGUCUUUCCUCGUCGGAAGAGCUCAUUUCAAAACUCCUCCAGGUCUACAACAUCCCUACCCUGUACCCCGGUGGCACGACCACGGACCAGACAAACGACUUCCUUAUCCAGGUUGCUCGCAAGCGCGGACGCCUUGGUAAGCGCGGUGUGCCGAACCUCGAGGCCGCCGCUAUGACGGUCGUCAACGACUGGCGCGACGGACGUAUCCAGGGCUGGGCCACGCCUCCCGUUCUGCAGGUCGUUGACACGACAGUAGGCGGCGCUCCUGCGGAUGCGAGUGCCCCGGCUGCUGCUGCUGGCGUCGACACAAGGCAAGUCGUCACGGAGUGGGCUGCGGAAUUCAAGAUCGAGGGAUUAUGGGGUGAUGGUGGGAAUGCAGAUGAGACCAUGGAGGAGUAA